AUGCCAGGAUAUCAGUCGACAUCAAGUGCAGCACUGUUUUUAGACAACGUUCAAAACACAAAUCCACCCUUGCAAGGAUCAGCGCAAGGGGGCAACAUUAGAAAUAAUACUCAGAACAGAACCAUGCCGCUGUCGAACACUUCAAUAGCGGUUUUGAGACAACAAAUGGAUGAUAGUAACCAUGAAUUGGUUAACAUGUUGACCAACCAAAUGGGCACAGUCUUUAAUCCAGUUAUACAAGAAACAACUGAAACAAAUAGGCAGGUGGCGAAUCAAUUGACACGCUUGUGCAAUUUUCUAGGGGCACCAGCUCGACAGAUGACACAAGUGGUUAGGCAAACUGUUCCCGUUCAGAUGGAGGUAGGGGCAGCGGAAGAUGAGACAAUCCAUGAAGGGCAAAUCAUUAGACCCCUUCAAAAUCAAGGCGUCGAAUCAGGAGUCGCAGGACGUAACCAGAUGGUACUGGUUAACCGACACCAGGAUGCGUAUCAAAUCGUCGAUCAACACCGACAAGAAAACUUAGCAGUGGAAAAUAAUUUGACAACUAUUGUCGAAAGGAUUAUGGCUAGAAAUGGUAUGGGUGUCACAUUGCAAAGGCCAUUGUACGCCUCCCCGUUAGCUGAGUUUAUUCUCCAAGCCGAGGCGCCCAGGGGAAUGAAAGUGCCUAUGUACACUAAAUUUGGGGGAGAAUCUGGUGAAUCGACAAUAGAGCAUGUUGCCAUAUAUCUAACAGAGUCAGGAGAUCUAGCUCAUAAUGAAUGUUUAAGAGUAAAAAACUUUCCCUCCUCUCUGACUAAGGCUGCCUUCAUAUGUUUUACUUCUUUGGCCCCAAGUUCAAUCGAUUUGUGGGCAAAAUUAGAAAAGAAGUUCCAUGAACAGUUUUAG